AUGAAAGGGGCAGGAAGGUGGCGAAAACGGUGGAGGAGGCGAGACAAACGAGGCAGACAGGACGGCAAGCCGGAAGGCAGGGACGAAAAGCCGGACGAAUCUGUACCAACGACACGGCGACAAGGACAGAAAGCUGUCACUCGCUCACCUCUUCUCGGCACGCCUGAUUGGCUGCUCGGCGGUCUCGUCUCCAGACCGCUUCGGAGCCAUGGCGACUGGCCAACCGAGACGGUUGGACACAUGCGCUCCGUCGCAAUCACCGAUUCACAUACGCUUCUCUCUCGCUCUAUCUCCAUCUCUACCUCUUGCUCUUUGUGUGUUUCUGUGUGUGCGUGUGUGCGUGUGUGUGUGUGUGGGCUACCGGGAGCCUGCAGACCGACACUUCAACACACCAUAAAGAGGAGAGAAUGUUUAUCCUCGGUUAGCCAACCCGAGCGUGGCCGGGGCAGACGAGCGCAGGUACCAUCGCCGGGACUCGUCGAAUGA